AUGCCAGCUGUAAGUGGUUUUGGUGGAAGAGGAAUUCUUAGCUUUGAAUUGGGAGAAAAUGAAUAUUCUUGGACCAUUGUAACUGUUUUAAUUCUUUUAGGGGUGACGCAGGUGGAGUUUUUAAUUGCAAUUGGAGCAGAAUUAUGUACUCUCUUAGAUGAAUAUUCUAAUCAUGCACUUAUACCAUAUGAUGAUGUUGCUGUUACAUCAAUAGCAGUUUUAGAACCUAUUUUAUUAAAUAAUAAUAUAGAUAUACAGCAACGUAUAAUUCAAGCAUAUGUAGAUGUUCUUCAAGCUGCUUAUACUGCAGUUAUACCUGUCUUUCCUUGCCUCUUCUUUAUAGUCGAAAAUAAAUUUUCUCAGACUGCCGCUUUAUUUUUUUUGUUUUCAUUACUAAAAUGA